CAAAUUUGUAUUGAAACUAUUUAAGCAGUUUGCAAGAAUUACUUUACUGAACUAUUUAAAGCAGCGGUAAAAAUAUGUCUACUAAUCCCUGGUAUUUCUUCUUUACUAUUUUUUUUUUUCAUAGGAUGCGCACAUCACGCGCAAGGCUCGUUUCCUUAAACGUAACAAACGCAUGGCUUGCCUACGUGCCGAACAACAGGCGCGUUUGCAGCAAUUGAAAGCCACUUCAACAGCUAAUGCAUCUGUUGCUGCAUCCACAUCAAACGCUACGGCCGAUGCGCUACGAUCCAGUGUUGUGAGUGGAAGUGCUGGCAGCGGCGGUGCCGCAACACCCGAUAGCGCUUCAUUAUCAACUAAAAACAAUAAUCCACCGACUGUAGGCGCCGGCGAACCACUCUGGACCUGGAACAAACGACCGCCAGAGCGCGUGGGAAGCAUAGUGGUGGGCAGUGGCGCAGAGAAGUAUUUUGUCAAUGACCGCGACGAAAUCAAGUUCAACUCAUCCGGCCGUCAAGUGAUCACAAUUAACAAGAAUCUCCAACUGUUCAAAUGGGACUCAGUGCGGCGCGCAAAACUGUCCCAUUCGUUCGUAACGCAGCGCAAACAGAAACUGUUCCAACGUUUUACACAGAAGUGGUUGGCGGAACAUGUAAGCGAUCAACUGCAACAACAAUGCGCCGAUUGGUUGCUUGGCAAGACAGUGCCAAAUAGCAGUAGUGUAAACUGGGCUUUGAAAACAAAAGUGAUACCACAAAACGAUGUGAAACGCACACCAUAUCGUGUUUACAAUCGUUACAAAGUGACUUUCAGCGGCAGCAGUGGUGGCGCAAACAGCAUUGUCGCCGGUGCCAGUGGCAGUGGCGGUAGCGGCGGCGGUACUAACGCGCCGAUAGCGGACUCUACGCCAGCAACAUCAAUGGCGCCGACAACAUCCCACGGCAAUAGUAGUGUGCAGCCGCCAUCCAACGUUUCGGUCUCGGCUGCAGUAUCAACAUCAUCAGCACCCACAACUCAUAGCAGUGCGAGUGGCGUUGCGGUUACGACAAAAGUGUUAACAUCUUCAACGGAUGUAACUAAAUUGUCCACAGCUGGCAGCAAUAGUGGCUUGGGCAACAACAAUCGGCAGCUAGAAAGUUGAAUUCGUCAGAAGUAUGCGAGCGGCAAUCAGCAGCGUCGACGCUUAGCCAGUCGGGUUCUUGUGGAUUAAUCAAAAAAAAAAAAAAAAAAAAAAAAAAAAAAAAAAAAAUCGCGCAACUGUGUCCCAUUAUAUUUCGAUAGCAGCUAAAGAAAUUAA